AUGAAACCACCGCCUCUCCCCUUCCCGCUCGCUCUCAAUAUCGGCACUGACAUCGUCCACCUUCCCCGCAUAACGCGCCUUAUUACCCGCCCAGGAGGCUACCUCACCCGCUUCACGCGGCGCAUCCUCACCGAGCAGGAACAACGAGAUUUCCGCGCCCGAUUCCCUCUUCCCCCGGUCAAUUCGGAUAAACUAAACCUAAAAAAGGAGGGCGCAGGUGCGCCAACGCGCAUUGCACCCGAUAUGGCGCGGUGGAUUGCCGGACGGUUUGCAGCGAAAGAGGCGGCGCGGAAGGCGGCUGCGGCUGGCGCAAAGGGGGUCGGAUGGAAGGAUGUUGUUGUUCAGGUUGGCGGAGAGGAUGGCGCUGAGGGCAGACCCGAGGUUGUGCUCUUUGAUCCCAAUAGAGAGGGCGAUAGGGGGAGGGUGGGACGGUUAUCGAUAUCGCAUGAUGGGGAGUAUGUUGUUGCGACUGUGCUUGCGGCAGGUUGA